GAACCUUCGAUUUCGCUCUCCACUCCCAACCUUUCUUCUCCGGUUGAUCGCCGUCAAUCAGAUUUUUCGUCUUCAAUCUCCAAGCUUCAGUUCCUAACAGGCCAAAUUAAGCUCAUCCGACUUCUUGAUAUCGUUGAGGCUUGAAAAAUGAACGAGAUUAGGUCGAUCAAUUCAUUUUGGGAUUUCAGACAGGGAUUGCUUAAUGCUCUUUCAGGAAAAGUUGGAAAAAGGAUGGGUAUGCUAUGGCUUCCUCUGGAGUCGUCGUACUGCAUUUCAAGCACGGAAUGUUUUACAAGGAAGCAUACAUACAAUGGCUAAAAGGGUAGAUGUCAAAGUUCAAGUUUAGAUAUGCCCGUAGAGGGGAUAAUCAAUCAUUCUGCUCGUGGGUUUGGAGGUUCUUUUAGCAAAGAAUGAGGAAUCUGAGUAACUACAGCAGAGAAUGCUCUGAGGGAGAAUGCUUUGAGGUCACUUGAAUUCUUAGGCAUGGACCACAAUUAGUGGAAUAGCUUGGGACUUGGAAGGCACCGUAUUCGAGAGCUCAAUCAACUUCUAAAGUCAAAUAUGGGCCGUGGCAAUUCUCAAGCUGCUGAUUUGGACUUCACCCAAAGCGUAGAAAAUUUAGAAUCAUCUUCUUCUGGUCAAGGUUCUAGUAAAGGGAAAGGGGUUUUGUACUCUUGCAAAUAUUGCAGCAAAGACAUAACAGGACAGACCCGAAUUAAGUGUGCUGAAUGUCCUGAUUUUGAGCUAUGUGUACAAUGCUUUUCAGUUGGAGUUGAGGUGACACCUCACAAAAGCAACCAUUGUUACAGGGUUAUGGAUAGUUUAUCAUUCCCACUUUUCUCCCCUGACUGGACUGCAAAUGAUGAAAUAUUGCUUCUAGAGGGACUUGAGAUGUAUGGCCUGGGAAACUGGGCAGAUGUUGCUGACCAUGUGGGCACAAAGAGCAAAGAACAGUGCAAUGAACACUAUACAAAUGUAUAUCUGAAGUCUCCAUGUUUCCCUCUGCCGGAUAUGUCUCAUAUGGAUGGCAAAAACAAAGAGGAGAUUGCUGCCAUGGCUAAAGGAAAUGGCAAAGACAAGAAAGAGGUUGAAUCUGGGGCAUGCUCUAGCACUGCAGCAACCACAGCCCACAUAAAAGAUGACCCCAGUGCUGUUAAAAUGGAAGAUCCCCAAGAUGACAGGAAUUUGAGGGGGAAGAAACCAAGCUCUUCAAGAAAUGAUGACCCUGCUUUUAUGGAGAUAAGUGGCUACAACCCUAAAAGACAGGAGUUUGAUGUUGAAUAUGAUGAUGAUGCAGAGAAAUUGUUGGUUGACAUGGAAUUCAAGGACACUGACACAGAAGAAGAGCGUGAGCUUAAGUUGCGAGUGUUGCGCAUCUACAACAAAAGGCUGGAUGAAAGGGAAAGGAGAAAGAAGUUCAUAAUCGAAAGAAAUUUGCUUCAUCCAAAUCCUUUCUUCAAGGACCUGUCUCCUGAAGAGAUAGCACUAUGUAGGAGGUAUGAUGUCUUCAUGCGCUUUCAUUCGAAGGAAGAACAUGAAGACUUGCUACAGACCAUUGUUAAUGAGCACAGAAUUUUGAAAAGAAUUCAAGAACUGAAGGAAGCCAGAGCUGCUGGUUGUCGAACAUCAGCUGAGGCCGACCGGUAUCUUGAACAGAAAAGGAAAGGGGAAGCUAAAGAGUUAUCCCAGGGAGAAAAAGGUGCUCAAGCUGGUACAAGCAGUCAGGGAGGACCAGGUUCAUCUGCACCUGCAGGACAGGGUUCAUCCAGCAGUGUCAGUGUUCUGGAUAUGAUGGGAUUCCAGGAAACUGAACUUCUCUCCGAACCUGAGAAGCGCUUAUGCAUCGAAGCUAGAUUACCUCCACCAGUUUAUCUAAAGAUGCAACAGGUUAUCUCGAAGGAGGUCUUCAGCGGCAGGGUCACCAAGAAAUCUGACGCUCAUCACUUGUUCAGGAUGGAACCGAGCAAGAUUGAUAGAGUUUAUGACAUGCUUGUGAAGAAGGGGCUUGCUCCUCCAUGAGACCUUAAUUCCUGUCCUUGAUCCUUUUUUUUUUUUUAUAAUUGUCCUAGACAAUUGUAAGAUCCUCUUUGUGGUCUAUCAUUUUUCAUACAAAUAAAUAAUGAAAAAUAAU